GGGGAAGACGGAGACCGGGGUGCAGGCAUCUGUGCCAGGGCUCUGGGCUCAGGAGGAGGAGAAGCAGCCCCGGCAGCGUUAGGAAGGAGGGAGGCAAGGCAGGCAGGGGAGCUGCUCUCCUCCAGCCGCCCGCCGGCAGCGGGGGAAGCGGCAUGCAGCUGGCAGGGGGCAGCCGGCUUUUCUCAGGAGAGCGAUGGAGAUCUGCUAUCUGACAAUGCCUGGGUGAGAGGAGGGGAGGAAAAGAAGCAGCCAGCCAACCCCACCACCAGCCGCCACCACCACCACCACCACCACCAGCACCACCACCUCCUCCUCCUCCUCCUCCUCCUCUCUCUGCAUUGUUGCUCUCAUCUGCUCCACCGUACUCUGUAUUGGAUGGAUCUGUGGUGAGACCCAGCCGGAUCCACCUGCAAAACCCAACAACAUUUCAAUAGGGGGAGGACGAAGAAGAAAAAGAAGAAGAAGAAGAAGAAGAAAGAAGAAGAGGAAGAAAGAGAGAGAGAGAGCGGGAGAGAGAGAGAGAGGGAGAGGGAGAGGAAGGAAGGCAAGAAAAUCCCCCCCAAUCUUUUAAGUCAAUGCAUAUUGUGGUGACACUGGCAACGGAGCCCUCACGGUGGAGUCGGCCAGGGCUGUGCGUUCCCAAAAUAUGACCAGGGGUGCUUGGAUGUGCAGUCGGCAGUACGAUGACGGCCUAAAAAUCUGGUUUGCACCCCGGGAGAACGAGAAACCCUUCACUGAUUCAGAGAGGGCUCAGAAAUGGCGACUGUCCCUGGCAUCGCUCUUGUUUUUCACAGUCCUGCUCUCUGAUCACUUGUGGUUCUGUGCCGAAGCCAAACUCACCAGGACCAGAGACAAGGCGCAGCAGCAGCCCGAGCAUCCGGAGCGGGAGCCACUCUCUAGCAUGGGGGAGCCCUCGCUUGCGGCACAGGCGGCCCAUAGACUCCUCUCCUCCUCAUUACCCACCCUGCCUCCCUCCCCCAGCAGCAGCAGCGGCGGCAGCAGCAGCAAAAAUAAUAACAAUAACAACAACAACAACAAGGCUAUUUUUCUAGGGAACUCCACCAAACCUUUUUGGCGCCUGGAGACGUGUUACCCGCAGAGCUCCGCGGCUGGCCAGUGUUUCAGCGUGGAGGAUGCGGACUCUGUGUGCCGGGGGAGAUGGAGCCGGGAGCAGCAGGUGACCGGGAAUCAUCCGACUCCGGGCUGGAACUUGACGGAUUUUUACCUUUCCUUUUGUAAUUCCUACACCCUUUGGGAGUUGUUCGCCGGGUUGUCCAAUCCGGACACUUUGAACUGCAGUCUGGAUGUGGUGCUGGAGGGGGAAGGCUCCUGCCGCCAGUGCGUCCAGGCUUACCAGCGCUACGACCAGCACGCUCAGGAGAAAUACGAAGAGUUUGAGGUUAUGCUCCAGAAAUAUUUACAAUCGGAUGAAUACUCGGUGAAAUCGUGUCCUGAGGAUUGUAAGACUGUCUACAAAGCCUGGCUCUGUUCCCAGUAUUUUGAAGUCACACAGUUUCACUGCAGCAACAGAAUUCCUUGCAAGCAAUACUGUUUGGAGGUUCAGACAAGGUGUCCAUUUAUAUUACCAGACAAUGAUGAUGUCAUCUAUGGAGGACUAUCAAGUUUCAUCUGUACAGGGCUCUAUGAAAAUUAUCCAACCAAUGCAGAACCAGAAUGCUGUGAUGUCAGAUGGGGACUAUUACCAGAUAAUCAAUCCAAAGGGACUAUAAAAACAAGUGACUCAUCGAUGUGUCACAGGACAUCGCUCACAGUUUCAUCAGCAUCAAGACUGUGUAACAGCAGACUUAAACUGUGUGUUCUUGUAUUAAUUCUCUUGCAUACAGUACUUACAGUCUCAGCAGCACAGAACUCAACAGGACUGGGCUUUGGAGGCAUAACAACUUUGGAAGAUAAUUCAACUAACGAGGAUUAAAAGAAAGGAUACAUGUCAAACGAUAGACACACAACAGGCCCAUGUGUACUACAGUCAAAUAUAACAGAGACUGGGUGCUUUUACCCUCAAUUCACUUCUUGAAAGGCCUUCUGGGUAAAAUUAAAAGGAUGGGCAACAAUCCAAACAAGGACACAUGAACACAAGCUUUUUAUUGACUAAAAGGCUAUAUGGUGACUUAAAUUUCUCACACCAUUUUAUACACUGUGUUUUAAUGUUUGGAGUUUCUUUUUUUGUUUGUUUUUUGCACUUGUUAAUACAGGAUUUUAUUUUUGGGACGGUUUCUCAAAGCUAAACUUAAGUCUUUUCACUGUCGAUAUAUUUCUAUUCAUUGUGUAUGUUCAUCUGAUAGUUCUGUCUUUUAUGUCCUGUCAGUUUCUACUAGAGGAAUGACUGCUGUGAUUCCAUGGCAUAACAAAAAAAAAAAAAAAAAAAACCAACAAAAACAAAUUUAAAAAAACAACAACAACAAAAACACACAAAAAAAUUACAAAAAAACACACACACAUACCCCCACCACCAACCUAACUGUCCUUUCCACCAUGGAAAACAUUCUUCCUUCCCCCUCUCCCAUCUCCCUUAAGCAGACAACAUCCACUUGCUUCUGUCUGUGUAAUCACAAUGAAUGGGGUACACAUUAUUCUGGUGUCCCUCUGCCACUGUUGCACAAACCAGCUGACUGAGCAAGCCCACCCGGAGCAUGAGGGGGGUUCCUUUUAGCUGAACAAACAAGUGCUCUCCUUACAAGGCGGGAUCGGACGGGUAACAAAUGUUUAGGUAUGGGAAUCCAUAACAAACUGUUGCUCCACUUCCCGUUUGAAAGAAGAAGUCCAGUCCUUUGCUCGCUGGUCAGUUGAACAGGAGUAGCCUUUCUAGAUAGCAUAUGGGAGACCAGUUAAGCUCAGCGAGUUGAAUAGUUGGGAGGCCUUCCUCCUACUGGAGGUAAAGGAUCGCCAUUCGUUGUGAAUUACGUUUUCAGUUCCACGGCAGUCACAUACCCAGCAAAGGUUCAGAGUGUCCAGGAGCAAAGGGAUUCAGGAAAAAAAGAAGCCUUUUUGUUCUGACACAGCUCCAGUAGAAGCAUUUGAGCACCAACAGUACCUGCCGUGUGUUCAGUCUUGAAUCCAUUGCUUUUCUAACAAGCUGCGUGUUGCUGAAAGGUAUUAGAGUUAUUAAGGAUGCCACGUGAUGUGUUAGCACAGCUGAAGAACAUGGGUUUUUUAAUAAAUAGGUCAACCAUUUUCAUAAGUAUGCGAUGAAACAGCAAAGAACACACCAGGCUAUCAGUAAUCAAGGGAAAGAAGAGUAAUCUGAUUGCCUUUUCCAUUGCUUUUUUUUUUUUUGUGUGUGUGUGGGAACAUUUUACCCGCUGAGUGUAUGAGUAUUUGCUUUAUAAAAAGGCUUUUUAGAGUUUACAAUAGAAUCAAUGGAAGGAAAAGUUAAUAAGGGCUGUUUUUAAACAUUUUACAUUCCUUCCUAUUCUCUAACUACACUUGGGAAGUGCACUUUAGAGAUGUUUGCUGUGUAGCUGGGAAAUGAAGGAAAACUAUAGGAAAUGUUCUCUUAGCAAAUAAAGUUUAGUUACCUACUUUCUAGCUUUGAAAUAUCCCUUGAUAAUUUUUUCCAUUAUAAGAGCAUUUAAUCACUGCUACUUAAGUAUGGAAUAUUUUUUAAUUCACAUUUUAUGGUUUGUGAAAUUCUGCGGGGGAGGGGGGCGAAGGAAACCCUACUGCUUAAGCAGCUUAAAAUGCAUUUGUUAAGAUGUAAAAGCUCAAAUAUUUUGCAAGAGUAUUUCGUUUGAUAGUGUUUUACUAUUACUGGGACUGAGGAUCCUAAAAUGAUCUGUGCAAAUACAAAAAAGCACCAAAAAAUGCAAAAUUCUUCAGCUCAUUUGUGUUUCCAUAACCUGUUCCGUUCCCCCUACACAAUAUAUUCCAUUCAGUAAAACAUGGUGCUUUUUUUUGCUAGGGGCACAUGUGUUAAUUGCAUUGAACAGAUGCAAACUGUGGAAAAAAGUGUAGAAAUGAAAAUGAAAAAGCCUUAACUAAUGGUAGAAUGUAGAUUACGAAGAGGAUGGGAAUAUUCCUGAAAAGUAGUGGAGCAAUAACUGGACAGUGCUGUGGUACUGUAUGAUAGCUUAUGAGUCACAUUACUGAGAAGGCACUUACUAGGUGAGCUCUUGUUCAACUGACCUCUUAAUUAUAUUAAGUGUACAUGGUCAGUAAACAGUUUGUUAUAACCUUUAUCUACCUCUGCUGUGCAAAGGCCAUUCAACAUCUAUUUCUGUGAUGUUCUUCAUAUUUUUGUUCACACCAUAGUUCAUUUUCAUCUAUUUUUACACUGCACCAGUACAGUAGCAAGUCCUGUUCAUCCCCAAUAAACUGGCAUAUAAAGAAGAGUUACCAUUUCUACUCACUGAACCCUAUUUUUCCUCAUGGUAACCUAAUGUGACAAAUUAUCUCUAAGAAAUAUUAUUUCCUCCCUCUCUGUCUCUCUCUCCCCUUUAGUUUUUCUUUAAAGGUGUUUUCAACUGGUGUCAGUGAGAAAGAUGACUCCUCCACUGCUUGGCUACACUCAGUAACAUAUGUCAUACAAUAUGGGGAGAAAGACAGCUGAGAAAAAACAGUGGUGACAUCAUCACAUGCAUAAAACAGCCAAAUUAAAGUUGGGUAAAACAGAGCAGGAAGCAAUUACAGAGUCUUAAUCAUUAAGUAUAAAAUGUAAUAAAAUACUCCCCUUAUCCCCACCCCGAGUUAGUGCCUGCAGUUAAAUGGUCUGUGAAUUCUCUCUGUCUUUUUUCUUCUUUUCUAUUUCUUUUGUUUAAAAAAAAAUAAUCAUGUUCUUGGGGUGACUACUGCUGUGAUAUUUGUUACCAUUCCAACAAGGUAUUUCCACUCCAGCAGUGUGGUCUGAAGCUUCUCUUGGUGACAACUAGGAAAUCACAAGUAGACAAAGACUCUUUUAUGAAGUUAAGCAACACGUAAUCAUGUAUGAUGCAAAAUUUCAUUUUGUCCACUCCUCCUUCGUAAUAGUUUUCCUGGCACAAGCUUAAGCAUGCUUGAUAUUGUGCACAUCUUACUUUUUUUGCCAGAAUAAAUUUGCAUCUUGCCACUGCUGUAACUGCCAUCUUGUUCCAUUUCUCCUUGUACUGUAUGCCUAUUACAUACAUGAUAAAGAACUGGCUUAAAAAAGAAAAGAUAACACUAAAAUAAUUCUUCAAGCAAGUGACAAAAAAAAAGAAGAAAGAAAGACUAGAAUAAUAUUUAUUUUGCAGUCAUAUGGAACAGAUUUUCCCCAUGUCUUUUAUUGUCUUAUUUUCUGCAAUAGGGAAAAUUCACAGUUUGUGCAAUAUGUUAAUACUGCUCAACCAAAUGUCAUAUAACAUAACCAGAGCUAUAUGUUAUUCCUUAUUGCAUUUACAUUUGGUAAUAUGUUAUACUGACUUUUUCUUUCAUUAAAGAGCCAGCAUCCAUUUUUUGCAAAUAUAGCAGGUGAAGGCUGUCCUUCUGCACGCCAUAACUUAACGACAAAAACAAAUGUAGAAUAAAGGAUUAGCUCCAUAAUUGAUGAAACAGAGCCAUUGACUGCCAAUAAAUCGGUGGAACAAUAAAGAUACACCAAAAAUGGGUUUUCAAGAAAUUCCAUCAUGAGUGGUCAAACAGUAGUUUUCAUCUAAUAAAACAGGGGAACAAAGAGCUGUAUACCAAAUAGUAGAGAUGGCAGGUUUCAUUGGGUAUCUGGUGUUGGUCUCAACACCUAAUCAAUAUAAUUAUAUUUGUUAUUACAAAGUGGAGGGAUAAGGACUUUGUCUUCCUGCUUUCUAUGUAUCUAUAUAUUGUGAAUGGCCUUGCCCUAAGUAUUGCAUUGAAGCAGAAAGCACAUCUGCUUAUCAUUGUAACUGAAGACACCACACACGCGUGCAUGUACACAGUGAAACCUGUCUUAAGUGACUACCCAAAGCGCAAGCAAAAAUAAUUUGCCUAGCAGAGGUAGUUAAUUAAAGGUCAAACAAAAUUAUACUAGAAACCUUAGAGAGAAAUUGAAAUGGCUGGGGAGGGUCUCACUGGAGGUGUUCCUCACUGCAGGUUUCACUGUAUAUCUUAAAAAUGCCCAGCCCUUCAGUGAACUCUUUGUAGAUGGAACUCUGGCUCUUCUUGGAGCCCCAUUGACUUCACUGGAAAUCCAUGAGGGCACAGGGUCUAUCCACUGAGAGCUCAUUGCAGAGUCUGGGUCUAAAUUUCUGAUCAUGUAGUCUUUACUCCAGCAAUGUGCCUAAAUAAAGACUGCAGGAUUGGUCCCUAAUGGACUAACACUUAAUUAUAUAUCGAUAAAUGGUAUACUGUGAAUGGUUCCAUUUUCUUUAUUAGUUUGGUAGCAAGCUCAUUUCAAAACUAAAUCCACUGCAUGGAGCACAGACUAACAGAAAUUUCUCUGUUACUGAGAGGAAAUUAAACAGCAGUUCUGAGGUAGCAAGAGAUUUUGGAAGUUUGGAAAGUGAAUGUGAGUGGGAUGUAUCAGUUGGAUAUUUGGUAAUGGUGAUAUGGUGGUUAAUAUUAGUAGCCUUGGGAUAAAGCCUAAAUAAAUACAAUUUGUGGUUUUUACUUGCAAGAAUUUUCAAAAAACAACAACAAAACCCUGAGCAAAGGCUUGAAUUAGACACUUCUGAAUUUUCCAGCAUUGUUGUUAAUUAUUAAGACUGGUCUGUAUAUGUGAAAAAACCUAUAGUGUAUGAUGGUAUAAAAAACAAAUACAGAGCAGGGACAACCUGGGGAAACCCAUCUGGCAAGCAAACUAGGUUUCUUUAAAAAUAUACAGUACGUCAAUAGGCAGAUAGAUGCAUAUAUUGAUAUGGAUCUGUAUAUGAAUAUAAAUAUCUAUAUAUAGAUAUAAAUAUAAGGUUUCCAAGAGUGUUCAGCAUACAGGCAUACUGUAUGUUAAAAAAAAGCCAGUGGGUAAAAAGGUAACAUAUAGGGUGACAUUCUUCUCUCUGAUUCAUAGUCACACUAUGGAAUGUGUAUUGAAAAGGAGAAUUUUGGGGACAUAUAACUAUUUUAUAAUGUGAAAAUAAAAUGUGAGUUUGCAGGGUUUUCUUAAUGAACACUUUGAUGCUCAUUCCAUGCUCCUCUCUCAUCUUAGCUUCUUUCAAAUUUUUUCGAGUCUUUCACUUUAAACCUUGACUUUUGCUGAACAUUGGCCUAAUAUUCCAUUCAGUUUAUGAGAAUGUCAGCAGCCCAGAGAGUGUUAAUGAAGAACCAGAAGUGAGAGGAUUCAAAGUGCUGUUUUGUGCAUCAGUCUGAGUUCCCAGUCUCUCUCACUCUCCCAAGACUAACCCCCUCUCUAUGACUCACACAGGGUGAACUUCCUCCUUGUGCAGAGGACCAGUACUAGGCCUCUGCGCAUCUUAAGUCUCGUUUAAGGCCCCACUUAAGAUAUCAUUGGGAUUCUCAUGCUUAAAGUUAGACAUAUUUUAAGUAUUUUGCUGAUUUGGGACCUAAGACCACACUAUAAGUCUUAAAUGGGAUUUAGGUGGCACGUAGGCCUUGUACAGGUCCUCAGCAUGUGGGUGGGAAUGUCACUAACAGUUCCUAUCUUAAGAGUCUUCUGCUUUCCUCAAACACCAAACUCUUCCAACAGGGAGUUCGCCGCAUGUAAUAUGGUCACAUGUUCCAUAAUUAGAUAGCAUUAUCUCAAUAUUACAGAAUUCUCUAUAUAUUAUAUUGGGAAUACUGCAAAUAGGGCUCAGUCCUGUGUGGUGCUGACUACUUUUAACUGUCAUUACUUAAUUGAGUGUUGAGAGUACAUAGCACCCCACAGGGGCAGGCCCAUACUGAAAUAAUGAUACUUUGGAGAAGAAGGUGGUUAAAAAUAAUUCAACUAGACUGUUUUUUUCCUUUCUCCUGUCUUCUUUUCUUUUCUUUUUCUGUCUCUGACAGAGUCAGCUGCCUGGUCUGGAACAUGCUUUAGCCUUAAUAGCCCUCUGAAAAAUAAAGUAAUUUUAAAAAAAGUAAUGUUCUUCUACUUUAUAUUUCAGCAACCAUCAUGGCUGCUGUGCUUGCAAAAAAGAUUUUGAACUUUUUGAAGUUUGAAAAUUUUAUGAUUUUGUCUUUUCAUUUUUUCCUCUCCCUCUGUAAUCCAAGUCCCAUUGAAGUCAAUGGGACUCUUGCGUUUGACUUCAAUAGGGCCAGGAUUAAUGGCAUGGUCCAAAGCCCACUGAAUUCAAUGUAAAUUUUCCCAUUGAUUUCAAGGACCUCUGGAUCAGGCCCAAACACCUUCUGAGCACUUGCAUGAUAAGAAGAUAAGUAAGCAGGUGCACAACAGAAAGAAUACAAUAUUUCAAAGGUUUGUCCAAGUGGUGGGUCUAAUAAUUAGCUGCAGCUCUAUGCAAAGGUUACAUUGAGCCAAAGCUUUGAGCUUGAUUUGAUACACCUUUUUUUUCUGAAAUCUAACAGGCUUCAUUCAGGGUUUGAAUAUGCAAAAACUUACACAGGAUUAUAAAUACAAAAGAAAAAAUAUUGAAAAGAUUCUAAAAUAUUUUCACUGGUACAAGUGAAAAUAAAAAUUUAGGAUUUUUUUUUUAAUUGCAAUUUUUUUAACCUGUUAAAGACACCCUUUAUGUAGUUUUGCAAAGCUGCUUUUUUGUUUUUGGGGAUUUUUUUUAAACCCAGCUUUUUAGUCUUUUCAAGAGUCAUAUUGAACUAUGCAGCUACAAAUUACAUGCUGAUGUUAAAGGAUUUGCAAUUAAAAUUAUUCUACUCUUCUGUUAUUCCCAAGUUGUGUGAAACUGAAAGCUCAUAUUAAAAGCAGUGUGUUUAUUCUUGUUUCCUUUUUUCUUUUCUUUCUUUUUCUUUUUUUGUCAAAGUUAAGGACUGGGUUUUUGUUUGAAAUGGGCUAAAAUGGCGACAGUGGUUUUAACUAUAUGGAAUGUCUUAUGAUUCUUAGCAUUAAAAGAGGGCUACGUGUUCCAGUCAGAAAAAAAAUAUUUAAAAGAUGUAAAUUGUAAUAAUAUAUUAAAUAUUGUAUUAUUAUAGCAAGUUUAGUUAAGCAACUAAUACUAUCUUUAAUUUUUUACAGAGAACUUUGAUGAAAUAAUUUAUUACAAUGGCUCACAAAAAAUCAUGUUUUCAAAAUGACAGGGGAAAUUGUUGAAGAUUGUGAAAAAAUACUAAAGCGAUGCUCUAUCAAGAAUAAAUGUAAAGAUGCAAACAGUGAGUCUGACUUUUUGGAGGCUAGGGAUUCGGGAAUGUCAUUAAUUCCUUUUUAAACAGAUGGGGAUAAUUAUUUUUAAAAAUAUUCAUAAAAAAGAAAACCUAAACAACUCCCCUCUUUUCUCCCAUAAAUAAAUAUGAAAUCUCUUACCUUUUCUACCUGGACUGCAGAUCAACAACUACCUAUUUAGUAAAAUGCUUACAAUACAAGUAUGAGGACUAAGGUUAUUUCCUCCUGCUUUUCUAGCUUCCCGGAUUACAUUGUGCAGACAUAGCAGGAGCUCUGUUGUGGCUAACCACUUGAAAAUGUUUAGAAAAGAAAGAAAACUAGAACGAAUGCAGAAAAAAAAAUCUUAUAUUUUUAGGUUAUGUAUCUGUAAAAUUUAAGUUGUAUGAAAUCUCCAACAACA